AUGAAAUUCUUUGUUCUUGUUAUACUUACUCUUGCUAUCGCUGCCAAUGGAAAUCCAUUCAGUCGCAAAUGUAAAUGUAAGGCUGUUUCCAAUACAAUCAAUUAUUCAUUUCAUUCGUGGGAUAUAUCAUCAUGUAAAUUCUGCUCGUGCAAAAAUGCAGCUAUGAUCAAUUGUGAACAAGUAUGUGGAACGAUGGUAGAAAAUUAUGCACGUACUGGUUGUGGAAAAGUUAUCAAAGGUAGCAAGAUUAAAUAUUCAUGGAAAGCAAGUUCAUGUUCAAGUGGUACUAGCAGCAUAGAAUACACAUGUUCCUAA